UGGUGCUACUUGAAAGAGUAAUAGAAGUCAGUUGUUAAUGCAGCUUUAGAAAGGUGCGUUUUCAGUUUAUUUCUGAAUGUGUGGGAGUGAUUUUUCAGAGAAGUGUCAAGGAGGAAGGUGGGGGUAGUGAGCAGUGGUAAGCGCUGUCCCAUAAGGUGGUGGGCUUAGUGUGGGUGACAAGGGGUCAGGAGGUUGGCAGCCGCUGAUCUGAUGUGCCAAAUGACUGGAGUGUAGCGAUGGAGGCGAUUAGACAUGAGGGUGCAUUAACACUGAGAGCAAUGAAUAUUAUGCAUAUUUGACAAGGCGAUUGAAACGGUGGAGUGUGCUGGAGUUUUCCCCAUACUAUUGUGUUAAGUGCCCCUGUUGAGAAGUGAAUAAUUACAGUACGAACAUAGUGAAAUUAGAACUGAGAAUGUAAAUUUAUCACUUAAAAAUUCCAUUAACUUUAACCCUUAUCUUCACAUAAAAUUCACGUCUGUAAAUCAUCAUGACUGGCGCGGAUAAGGUCCACAGAAUUAGUAUGGAGAUCACAUGCGUAAUCAAGGUGUGACAAGUAAUUUGAGGUGAAAAACACCCUUAUCUGCAGGGGCCAGCAGCUGUCUUUAACUACACUUUAAACUCACUUUUUUAGUUCUACUCAUAGCAGUAUAACUAAAUGCAGUGAAAGUCUCUUUUAAAUCAAUGUUUACAGAAAAAGCAGUAACAUCAAAUCUUUAUUUUGCAUUACAAAACUGCUGCUAGUUGCACUUCAGUAGUUAAACACACUAUGACCAAACAUGGGAAAGGACCACCCACACCAGUUUUUGUGAUGUAGAAUUAGCAUUUCUUGGCUGUAAUUGUGCAUGGUUUUGCAUUAACAGCUUUGACACUCUCCUUCUCAGUAGGUGUGCGCUCAGGCUGGGAAGCGCGCUAGAGUGGCCGACAGAGGGAUUAACAGGAGCGAGGGACAUAAAGGCUGCAUUAACGACUAUCAUACCUGUAGGGCACUUACGAACAGAAUCUCGCUUAUAAAUGACUGCUGCUCUAUUUUGCGUUGGUUUCUUCUUCCCCAUGCUGUUUCCCAUAAUAAAAGGACUUGUGAAAGGCAGCAGAGCUCCAGCUCAGCAAAGGAUGUACGAAAGCUGUACAAUGCCACUUCUGUGGAGCGAGGUGUAAUUGUGAGAACUGGUCAUUGAUCUCUUCGUCUUCAGUGGUUCCUCUCACCAGCACUGCUGUCGUCAAGGUUCAUCUCUCUGCAUGCCCUCCUCCAGUGAUUGUCAUCAUUGUGACAUGCUGCUUCAAAACCCUGGAAUGGCUUAUUCUGGCUCUUAGCUGUGGAUCAGGUAUGGGCAUACUGGUGAGAAUAGAGAGAUGAGUAUUGGUGAUGGUGAUUCUGAUUAUUAUAUUAGUGGCAGUGGAAGAAAACCCAGGGCACCUGGAUGUAUUCCUGCCAAAGGGAAAUGGAGAUAUAACAGUCCGAUUAAUCUUGGCACGGGGAGGGUUGGAUGGCUUCUCAGCUCAAGACCUCCGUGGCUUCUUCUUGUUGAAAUGCAUUCCUGAAGUGAGAACUUUGACUGGGAAGGAGAACUGGUUAAAGUCUGUACCAUUUAGUGGUGCCUGAAGAGGAACCUAAGGAGCUGGUUUGUUGAUUUUUGGGAGCAGGCACCAUGGCUGACUCUCACUUGUCUGGUUUAGUUGGAAACUACAACAGCAGUUCUUCUACCACUAGUGCUUGGAACAUCACUGGCAGCGGCCCCUGGUUGUUGGCCUUCAUGCUGACUGUCAUCAUCCUCAUGACAACCUGUGGCAAUAUGUUGCUUAUAGCGUUGGUGUUUGCCCAUCGCUCCUUGCGUUGCACUUCAAACUGCUUCUUGGUGUCUUUGUUCCUGUCUGACCUAAUGGUGGCACUCGUGGUCAUGCCUCCGGCCAUGCUCAAUGUGCUGUGUGGGAACUGGGUGUUGUGGCCUGCCUUCUGCCCAAUUUGGCUUUGCUUUGAUGUGAUGUGCUGCAGCGCAUCUAUCCUCAACCUGUGUGCAAUCAGCCUGGACCGCUACCUUUUCAUCAUCUCACCACUGCGCUACAAGCAGAGGAUGACCCCACCUCGUGCAUUACUUCUUGUAGGAGCUGCUUGGGGGUUGGCAGCACUCGCUUCCUUCCUGCCCAUUGAGAUGAAAUGGCACAGCUUAGGCCAUGGGAGUGGACACCCAUCAAUUCCUGGGGUCACCAGUAGCAACAUCAGUUCCUACUCUGAAACACUGUACUCAGCAUCCUACUUUCAGCUGUCAUCAUCAGGAGGCCUUUCAUUCCAGUGCCGCCUGCAGGUCACCCUGCCCUUUGCUCUGGUGGCAUCUGUACUCACUUUCUUUUUGCCCUCUAGUGCAAUUUGCUUCACUUACUGCCGGAUCCUCCUGGCAGCACGGAGGCAGGCGAAGAGGGUUGCAGCACUGAGCCACCCACCGCACCCACAUCCCUCUCUCGGGGAACCUUCCCAGCCUCCCUCACCUGGGAUGGCAGCAGUACAAGCUCAGCAGGACAGAGAUGACUGCAGGUACCAGGAGCCUCCUGUGUCACAAAAUGUACUGCCAUCAGUGAACAGUGAGCGCCAUCUGGCUCACAGGCAGGGUCGGAGGGCGCUGAAGGCCAGUCUGACACUAGGAGUCCUCCUGGGACUCUUCUUCAGCGCUUGGCUGCCCUUUUUCAUCACCAACAUGGCUCAGGCAGUGUGUGAGUGCGUCCCUCUCGCCCUCUUCGACGCCAUUACCUGGCUGGGCUACUGCAACAGCACGAUGAACCCCAUCAUCUAUCCGCUGUUCAUGAAAGACUUCAAACGAGCUUUGGGGAAGCUCUUGCCUUGUUUCGCGCAGUCACCCAGAAGACCCUCACCAGCGCUUUCCCUCUCACUACGCAACUCAGGAGAGCCUAACAUUGCCAGUAACCCCCACUCUUCCCUGGCCUCUGACCACACCCACCCCCCCGCCACGGCCACUGAUGCAGUCAAUCUGAUGGACGCUGAGCAAGCUGGGAUUGAGUUGCCUCUGUUUCUGCCCAAUCAGGUCGACACCCUGGAUUGAAGAGUAAUUAAGAAU